CCGCGCUGCGCUGCACACCAACUCACUCCGCCCGCCGCCGCCGCCGACGACGACGACGGAAGACGAGCCCUUUUUUCCACACCGCGGCCGCCGACCGAAUCUGCAGGUGGAGCUUCAGCAAUGGCUGCAAAAAGUGUUGCUGAUGAGUUUGUUGAUCACCGUCUGCUAAGUCGAGUUCAGACUUUUCCUGAUUCACAAGAUCUACAACUUCCAAGCCAUAUGGAGAAGUACGCCAAGAACGACCCUCCAUGUCAGACAACGCAAUGCACAAAUGUGGCGGUGCAGCAGUACAACGCCCAGCAGGUGGAGAGUGGUAAGAAGAUAAGGCGAGCUGUUGGAGUGGACAGUCAAAUGUUUGUUUUGUCUCAGAACGACCCAGUCAGCUACUGGCACCUAUACUUCAAGGGUUCGGUGGGGAGGAAAAAGUGCAAGUUCUUUGCCGAGCUGAGCGGCGUAGGAGGGCCGAAGGAGCUAAGGAUCUGUGUAUUCGUGGACAAAGCAAUAGCUGCUUCUGUUGUGAAUUGCAACCAUUGCUUUGGAGGAAUCUGGCACCCUCUACAAAAUUUUCUUGGAUGCAAAGAAGAAGAAGAAGAAGAAGAAGAACAACAACAACAACAAGAUGAUGAGGAGGAGGAGCAACAUAAGAAGAAGAAAAGAAAGCACGGCUGAGUUUAUAAGUUGGACUGGCUUGAUUCUGAUUAGCGUGUCAGGCAGGAUUUUUGUUUUUGUAUCAUGCGUCAGUUGAUCCCCCUACUGUGUAUCGAAAGCUAGCAACUGGGUGCAUGCUCCUGAAGUGCUGAACUGCGACCGUGGUGAGUUGGUCAUCCCGCAGCUAGCUGCAUAUGUGUGGGUUGCUCAUAUGGUUGGCACAAGCAGUUAUGAUAUUUAUUGUCUUUGAUAAGAAAAGCACAUUUUUCUUCUUGUUCUUCUC